CGGAUGGUUGGCUCUGAGAGCCCGCGGCAAGAUCAGGUUUUCGAAAGGGUGUAAAUCGAGGCAUGGCAGAGGGGGGCCUUGGGGAUUGAAGACCUAGCAGUCGCAGUGUUUCUCGGGAAGCAUAGAAGAGGUCGGUGCAGGAAGGAUCGACAGUUCGAUUUGUCGUGCGAGGUCGAGGAAAUUGAAGCUUUGGCGCUUUGCUGCUCGCGUUUUUGCAGAAUCAGAGGCAGAAGGCCUUGUGAGUGAAACAUGGCUGCCUCCUGCAUCUCCGUGACGGUGAGCGCUGCGGCGUCUCUGGUGGCCGUCGGAAGGUCGGUGGAGUCCGGCGUUUCCAGCCAGACUGCUCGCCAUGGUCUCGCGUUCCCCUCCAUCAGCGCAUCGUGCAGCGUUGAGAGGAAAUUGGGCUCGGGCCUUUCUUUUUUCUCGUUCAGCUCCAGGACUGUUAGAAACAAUGGACUUGUUGCCAGGGCUGUGGAAUUAGACGAAACUAAGGACGGGAUUUUGUUCUCUGAUGAUACUCCCGACAGCGAGCCCGCGGCGGUCGAGGAGACCCCGGCGCCUGCCGCUGGUACCACGAAGCUUUAUGUCGGCAACUUGCCUUGGUCCGUCGACAGCAAGGCACUGGCAGAAAUCUUCCAGGACUCUGGAAAUGUCGAACUUGUGGAAGUUAUCUACGACAGAGACACGCAGAGAAGCAGAGGAUUCGCUUUUGUGACCAUGCGUACCUCCGAGGAUGCGGAAAGAGCCAUAGAGACUCUCGACGGCUACGAGCUCGAAGGCCGAGUGUUGAAGGUAAAUUACCCCCAGACUUCGAAGGAUGGUCCCAGGUCAUUCCGAAACGACAGGCCCCCACGCAGAGACGGCGAAGGAUUUUCUCCCAGAUCCGGUGGCGGUUCCAGCUCCGUCAACAAGAUAUUCACAGGAAACCUCUCGUGGAGUGUAGAUGAUGUGGCCCUGGCUCAGCUCUUCAGCGAGUAUGGACAGGUUGUGGAUGCCAAGGUUGUUCAUGACAGAGAAACCGGACGCUCAAGAGGUUUCGGAUUUUGCACCAUGUCCAGCAAGACCGAAGUGGACAAUGCCAUCCAAGCUCUGGAUGGAGCGGAGUUUGAUGGAAGGAUCUUGAGGGUGAACCAUGCCGGUGACAAGCCCGAGCGAAGAGACUCUCCUCGCCGUGAGUACUGAAAUUGAAUUGUCAUUGUUAUUCGAUUCCUGAGGCUUAAUGAAAUCUGACGGGAGGAUUAUUUUGAGGAGAUUCAUGGGAGUCAUGCGUUAGGUAGCUUAGAUGUGAACCCUGAACUCUAUCGGAGUUCCACUUGUAUAAUGACAGUUUUACACUUAUUUAAGAUAUGAGUAGACCUGAAUAAUUGGAGUUUGUUGCACAUAAGGGAAGUUAUACACAUGCUUUUAUUGCUGUAAGUGAUAACUAUCUUGAGUUGUACACCGUGAAGAAUUGCAAGAUGCUUAUCCGCCUGCUGUUCCGGAUGUUACCCACAACAUUUGUUCUUACGUGGAGUGUCGAGUGUGAUUCACCUGUGGUAUAGAUCAUGGUGACGUUUGACCGAGCGUAUUGCUUGUAAACGAUGUUUCAACAAUGAGAUGUAUAUUUUUUUUCAAAGCAACGAGACACUGCAAUUAUCAUCGCACAGAGUAGUCGGGAAAAAACUGGUAGUGAAGGAAAACUAUAAUUUGGACAAUUCAUCAUUUUCGUUGCCGUCGAGACUGUAAAUGUGAGUGCCCGAAGAAAAUUUGUUGAAUGAUGGUAGGCAGGAAAAAUUUAAAAU